GUGUUUUUGCCUUCACCCACUAUCAGCAACGACGCUUUCGUCGUCGCCGUCGCCUUCACCUGCCCCAUUCGACGCCGACGAACCCUUUGGAGUUUUGACCGAGCACGCGACACGUAGUGUUCGGCCCGGCUGUCAUAUCAAUUAUUUUGUCGCCGUUCAGCAACGAGCGGCGGCUCUGUAUCGAAUCAAAUCAAGUCGCUAUAAUAUACCUGGACCAAAUCCAAGCAUCCAACUCUGUAACAUUAGAUAAAGAAAAACGGUAGACCAAGGAAGAUGCUUUGGCGAUUCAAUUUGACGUCGACAUCAACGUUGGACUCUCUGCUGUCGCGCGAGAUACCGCCUACCCUGGAGGAGCUUAUGGAUGAGCCCGACAUAUUGGGCGAGUGCAAAGCGCAGAACAACAAGCUUGUUACUUUCCUGUCUCGUGAAGACUCUGCCAAAUCUUUGCUUCAAUGGGUCAUUGCUGGUCUUGAUGAACUUGAUCAAGCGGCUGCAAUUGCAGACUCCGAAGUCCUGUCUCAUGCCAUCACUUCACCAGACCUAUAUCCUUCUUACAAGUCGCCAACAGCUCUCGUUGUCCCUGGAUCAGGUCCUGGAAGCCCCCCUCUGGACCCUGCGAAAUCAAGAGAAAACGGUGUGGAUGUUUUUGUCAACGAGAAGCCAAAAGAUGAAGAAGAAUAUGACGAGGAUUUAUCUAUUCCGGGUGGGGGACAAGGACUGAGGAGAAGGAGUGAAGCCGACGAUGAUCUACAUCGAUCAAAAUACCCAGCAACGGCCACUGAAAUUCUCACUUGUAAUGAAAUAUGGUCUAUAUCAGAUACGAUCAUGCGCAACGCCGACACCCUUCUCACUCCUUUCUGGGAUGCAGUCUUGCCUCCGAUAGAAGCAAUAACUCCUACAACAGAGGGAACAUCGUCUUUGGCAAGCUCUGUUGCGAUGUCGAGACAGGAAGCUGGAGAGCGUGAAAGGGCAAGAAAUGAGUUCUGGUCUGAGCAAGAUGAAGAGAGAGAUAGACGCAGAGAGGUUAUCAGAGGCCUGUGGAUGCGAGUGAAUGGGGUGUUGUUGGCUAAGCGAGGUUCAGAUAUGAUCCAUUUCAUUCAGUCUCUCCCCAAUAUCGUCGAGCGAAUCAUCGCUCGAAUAUCUUCUCCUGCCAUCCAAGCCCUUCUCGUAACCAUUAUCUCGAGCGAAGAAGCAGGCGUUCUGGGAGUCAUUGAUUGGCUUGCUUCCGAAGACUUGAUACCUCGGCUCCUUAAUCUUCUUUCCCCGCAGUACUCAUCGUCCAUACACACCAUCGUUGCAGAGUUAAUCAAGCAAAUCAUCACGCUAUGCGCGCCUUCGCCCUUCAACCCACAUGGAGGAAACGCUGAACAGCAGGCGAGCCAGGGUCCUGCAGGAGGCAGAGAUAAUCGUUUAAUACGAGACCUUGUCAGCGAACGGAGCGUAGGCAUAAUGACCAGUUACAUGCUGGACAAGAUAGAACUGUCAGAUCGAGAUUGGAAUGGCAUCAAUGGUGAGGGGGGAGAUCCGUCGCCUGCCGAUCCUCUCAUCGUCCACCCUUUGCCUUCGAUCGCGUCUGCCACAUCUUCCCUCGCCAGUAUUUGUGUCAUCUUGAUCGAAGUCAUUCGGCGUAACAAUUCUGACUUUUCCGAGCCUCAUCUCUUCCACACCUUGCGAAACAGACUGAUAUCUGUGCGGAUGCAGGAGGAGAUGGACAAUCGAGAAAUUCAGCAUCGUGCUGACGAGACGGAGCAAGAGAAGGAUGAGAAGGAGAGACGACAUAUGGAGGAUGCUUUAGUGGACAUGACUUCCAAGAUGGGGAUAGUGCAUCUUGGUCAUUUAUUGGACGCCAUCAGCGACCGAUUUGCUCAACUGCAUCGGCUGGUACUGCAGCCACGUUCUCAGCGACGAGUCGCCUCUAUCGCCAACCCUAAACCUUUCACACUUGAACGUUUCCGCAUAAUAGAGCUUUACGCUGAACUGCUACAUUCCUCCAAUAUGUCGAUCCUCAACCGUACCCCUGGCACCGGACCAGUCUACACAGAGGACGGUAUACUUUCUGGUGGUCUUGAAGGACUUGAGGCGCUUGGCGAAGCCAUUGAAGACAAUGACAAUGAGCAGGCUGGCGAGCCUUCUCAUCAAGAAGAGGACGGUGUAACUCCAGCUAAGGAAUUGCCCGUGAGCGAAUCAGCUUCGGGAAGUUUGACUGGAAGUGACGACAUGGAAAGCGAGGAUGAGGAUGUCUUAGAAGCGGUCAAUGAUGAUGCCACGCCAUCACCAUCUCCUGGUGCCUCGGGUCUCAUGGAAAACCCAAUUGGCGCCGAUUCAACGAUCACUCCGCCGCUGUCGCAGGAAGUCGCUGAUCGUCUGAAAGGGGUUAUGGAAACUGAGUCGAAGCCUACCGCCUCAUCCGUCACCUCCGAUCUCACCUCUGUAUCCCCCAUCGCUGCAGCAGCCUCCAUUACGAGCCCUUCCGUUUCUUCAGAUACUCCUGAAGCAGAGCCAAAACCUGCCCUUGGGUUGAAGCCGUCAGACGACAGUAUUGAAACCCUACAUUUCACCACAGCACACCCUCCCUCAUAUACAAGAUUGCCCCCUGGCGAACGGCUGAAAAGGCAGUACUUAUCCUGCAAAGUCAUGCCUGCGAUGGUCGACUUAUUUUUUGAGUAUCCGGAGAACGAUUUCAUGCACAGUGUCGUGUACGAUAUCUUCCAGCAGGUGCUCAACGGCAAGUUGUCUCCCGGUUCGAAUAGGGAUCUUGUGGUGCAAUUGAUGAAAGAGGCCAAGUUAGUUGAGAGGGUAUUGGACGCGCAAAGGCUCAAUGACAGAUUAGUCGCUCAGUCGAAGUCACCUAGGUUGCCUUACAUGGGGCAUCUCAUUCUUAUUGCCGAAGAGAUUGUCAAGUUCUUUGCGCGCUGCCCAUCAGAUCUUUACGACAUCAUCAAAAACACGUUCAUAUCUUCUGAAUGGGAAGCUUUCGUGAAUACCUCUUUGCGUGAGGCUAAGGAUCGCGACGACAAGCCUCUUGCGGGCGGUAAACCCGCUCACCCAUCUUCCAUCAAGAGCCCUGACGACUCGGCGAGUGAUGAAGAUGACGAUGAUGAACCAGGAGAGGGGUCUAUAAGAUUUGGGGAGCCGUUGACAAGGACUUCGGCGAAAGAUGGAUUCGCGUCGAGAGGAGAGUUUGAUGCGUAUGCGGAUCACGAUGAGAACGGAGAUGGAGACGAUGAAGAGGCCAUGGAUAGAUAUUGGAAGAGUUCUGGAUUAGGGUUGAGUAGACAAAGAGCUGCCGAUUCUUCGGAUGAUGACGACGAUGCCGACUGGUUGCAACCUCCUGCCAAUUCAUGGGGAGCUAGUGGCGGCGAUGAGGACGAUUUUGGGGCCUGGGAAACUGGGGAGACAAGACCCGCUUCUGAUGAGUUUGAAGACGAUGCAUGGGGCAACUUUACCUCGGCACCUUCAAAUGACAAUGCAGAAAACCCCUUUGGUGAUGAUAACUUCGCUCCUUCGGUCGUCCGCGUAGAACCACUGCAACAGAAGGGUGACGAACCUCUGACUCCCUUGGAUUGGGCCGAGCAGUUUGAUCGAGCGUUCAGGGAAGGCGGAGGAGACGAUGUACCCGCUCCUGUGUCGGAUGAUGGUGAGGGUGAACAAGGCGAAGCAGAGGAGGGUGAGGGUGUCGUGCCCAUUGUGAUGCCGAGCCUGGAGGACGAUGAAGAAGAAGAAGUGUCUGCGGUGAUGAGCGGGAGCAUGGACCUUUCCAUGUCUCCUGGUACAAAUUCAUGGACGUUCGAGGGAGAUGACGCUGGCGUAGACUUGCCACUCGCAGAAUCCUCUUACACCUCACAUGCCUCUGGACCAGCACCGCCUCUCAAUGUUUCUGCUUCCCCCGGUGACGAGUCAAGCUCAUCAGCAUCGAUCGACACCUCUUUUACUUCCUCCUCCGAUUCAACCAUGAGAACUACCUCUGCUGCUGCAGCUACGCCCAUUGUUAUUCCCAACCGGCACAACUCCAUGUCACAUUCUCGACACAACUCCCUUUCUGGGUCAUGGGGUCACCGACCUCAUCCUGGCCAUCCCAUCACUGCGACUUCCCCUUCUGCAAGCUCUGCCUCUUCACGAGCUUCUUCCUCGUCUCCAACUUCACCUAGUAAGGUUCAGCGAUGGGGUGAGGCUUUCUCACCGCCUGAUCCGGCUCUUAUAGCGGCUGCAACGGAAGAAAGUCCUCUAGGACCUGGUGUGAGCCCUGAUACAAGAAUUACGAAGGAUGGGAUGUUGGAAAGAGAGGUCAACGGUCAGUCAAUUACCGUGCCUCAGGAUGAGAUAGUGGAGGCAAUCGAACGGAAUGCGGAUGAUAUAGAGGAGUUGGAGAAUCAGGAGGCGCUUAGCCGGUCCAUUGGAUCAGUAUGACGACGGUAUGAUGAUUAGAGAAUAGCAUCAUGACAGGUGACGUAUUUU